AUGUUCUCCAUAUAUUUGAUCACAAAACUGACAGGAUUUUGUUUUUUCCCUUGCAUGACAUUGAUCUCUACUACUGUCCACGCGCAAACACCUCCAAAUUAUCGACCAUCUACAUCCAAUACCCUCAACGUUACGUUCAAUGAAGGGUUACCAAUAUCGCCAGGCCAGUUUCUGUAUCCCUCUGAGGCAAUGUUCAUGCCUACGCUGUCCUACAGCGACUUAGACCCCUUCGAGCCCUAUAUCGCAUUUAUGAUAGACGUAGAAGUGGUUCAUUCAGGACUCGCGUACCCUUUGCUGCACUGGUAUCAGGCAGAUUUAUGGGCUGACACCACGACCAAUGAGUUUACUCUACGCAACCUCACCAACGCCGGAGCGGCAUACGUUGGACCGCAGCCAAAUGCCGGUCCCAGCCAUUCAUACGUCCUUCUUCUAUUUCGGCAGCCAUUGAACUAUAGGUUUCCGGAGUGUUUUCAAUAUAUGCUUCCGCUGAGCAUGGAGGCCAGAGCGGGAUUUGAUCUCCAAUCAUUCAUCGAGUUGUCUGGCUUGGAAAAUCUGGUGGCUGCAAAUUACUUUCUUUCUCAAAACCCGGAAUCCCGGCCAACUACGACUUCGUUGAUGAAGCCCCCAUGCGCGACAAAGAAAUUCCGAGGAAGUGCAGAGACUGCGGUUCUGAGAUCCGAUCUGUAA